AUGUGGGGAUGGAUGAUUAGGCAAGGCCGGACGGCACCAUCAUCACCCGCAUCAUGGAACCUGAUCCUCAUCCGUAACAUGGGCGGCGGUCCUCGCACCUUCCCCGGCGGCGUAAGCAAAUGGAAAUGGAAACGCAUGCACGAAAAACGAGCCAAAGAGAAACAGAAAAACCUCCUCGAACAAGAGAAACAACUCUACCAAGCUCGCAUUCGAUCUCACAUUCGCUCCACUCUCUCGCCUCCACCUUCAUCCUCUUCUUCCGCCACUCACAACCCCAUCUCCCCUCACCAACACAUCAAAGCCCUCGCCGAUCGUUUCGUCAAAGACGGCGCCCAAGAUCUCUGGAACGACCUCGACGGUCCGAUUACCCCAACCCAAGCUCAGACCCAACUUCAACCCCAAACCUCCCAGCAAAUUGAUUUACGCAAUCAGAAUUUGACUAACUUUUCUAACUAUUCGCAAAUUAGGGGUUACCGUUCUGUUUCUGAAGUUAGGUUUUUGGCUGAUGGGAAGCGGGUUAGCACUGAAAAGCCUGAAAAACGUAGAGUUUGGAGAAAGGGUGAUUCUUCUAGCGAGAGUGAGAGUGAGGCUGAAGAUGAAUCUAGGAAUCAGGGUUAUUAUUCCAAUAUGGGUAGUAUUGCUUCAUUGGGUAAAUAUGAUGGGAAGAGGGAGAGGAGAGUUAUGCCGAAGGCUUAUGAUGAUAGAACUGAUUUUUCUGAGCAGGUUGAGUUGAUUAAGUAUGAGCUUAAUAAGAAGAAGUUGAGUCAAAGUGAAGAGAAUCAGGGUCAGGAACAGGAAAAUGUUCUUACUCAGACAAGAUUUGAAGAGUGUGCUAUAUCACCAUUGACAAUCAAAGCACUUUCUUCAUCUGGUUACAUUCAUAUGACGCGGGUUCAAGAGACUAGCCUCCCCAUUUGUCUUGAGGGUGUGGAUGUUAUGGUUAAGGCUAAAACUGGCACUGGAAAAACUGCAGCUUUUUUGCUUCCUGCUAUUGAAACAGUUCUGAAAGCUAUGAGUAGCAAUACCUCUCACCGUGCCCCGCCAAUAUCUGUUCUUAUUCUAUGCCCUACCAGAGAACUUGCAAGUCAAAUUGCUGCUGAAGCAAAGGUUUUGCUGAAAUAUCACGAUGGCAUUGGGGUGCAGACUCUAGUUGGAGGUGUGCGAUUUAAAGUUGACCAGAAACGCCUUGAAUCAGAUCCAUGUCAGAUGCUUGUUGCCACACCUGGUAGAUUGCUGGAUCAUAUUGAGAAUAAGUCUGGAAUAUCUGUACGAUUGAUGGGCUUGCAGAUGCUUGUACUUGAUGAAGCUGAUCAUUUAUUGGACCUUGGGUUUCGAAAGGAUAUAGAAAAAAUUGUUGAUUGUUUGCCCCGUCAAAGGCAAUCCUUACUGUUUUCUGCAACCAUCCCAAAGGAGGUCCGUCGAAUAUCUCAGCUUGUUUUGAAAAGGGAACACAAAUAUGUGGAUACAGUUGGAAUGGGUUGCGUGGAAACUCCCGUUCAGGUAAAGCAAUCAUAUCUUAUUGCUCCACAUGAAUCACACUUUCAGAUAGUACACCAUAUUUUGAAAGAGCAUGUCUCGCAGACACCUGAUUAUAAGGUUAUUGUUUUCUGUAUUACUGGGAUGGUGACAUCACUUACCUAUAACCUGCUUCGGGAAAUGAAACUGAAUGUCAGGGAGAUACAUUCUCGAAAACCUCAGCUGUAUCGGACUCGUGUAUCAGAAGAGUUUAAGGAAUCUAAACAAAUGAUUCUUGUCUCCUCUGAUGUUUCAUCACGUGGAAUGAAUUAUCCUGAUGUUACUUUAGUUAUUCAGGUGGGAAUUCCAACAGACCGUGAACAAUAUAUACAUCGUCUUGGAAGAACAGGACGGGAAGGCAAAGGAGGGGAAGGCAUAUUGUUGAUUGCACCAUGGGAAGAGUAUUUUUUAAGUGAGAUCAAGGAUCUUCCUCUAGAGAAAUUCCCCUUACCAGAUUUAGAUCCACAAGCACAGCUUAAGAUUGAGCAAUCAAUGGCAAAGAUUGAUAAUGACAUCAAAGACGCAGCUUAUCAUGCUUGGCUCGGUUAUUAUAACUCCAUCAAAGAAAUUGGGAGGGAGAAGAGCACAGUAGCUGAGCUGGCAAACCGGUUUUCUGAAUCCAUUGGUUUACAGAGGCCACCUUCUCUGUUUCGAAAAACUGCACUAAAAAUGGGUUUGAAAGAUAUUCCUGGCAUUAGAAUUCGUAGAUAG